AUGGCUACAAAAUCGCUUGCUCUGCUUUCUCUUCUUCUCGUUGCGGCUUCAUGCUUCUACAAUGCAGAUGGCUGGGCACUACGCAGUGUCGACCCUUCUCCUACCACACUAAUAGUUGUUCACUGUGUUGUGACAAGGGUGUCUGUCUGCUAUAUAUUUCCGGUAUACAUCUGCGUUAUUGAAUACCACUGCCUUAUAGCAAUAAUUCAAUUACACAAGCGGAGCGUGCCAGACGAUGGCAUCAUUGAAUGCGUACCAACGAAACUGAGUGAAUUCGACUGUGAUGAAGACGGCCAAGUCAGCUAUAGCGAGUUUGUUGUAGCUUUGACACUCGAUGAAAGUAACGAUACAUCCAGAAGAGCUUUUGAAGAUGCAGAUAAGAACGGAGAUAAAUAUUUAAACGCAGAAGAACUGAGGAAUAUGGCUGCAAAAAGUCGCUACUGUCUGCAAGAGCAAAGUCGCCACCGGAAAGUGUUCGAUGGUCAACUGCCAGGAAAUUUUGAUCUGUACGAUACAAACAAAAAUGGAGAGAUCGACGGGAUAGAAUUCAGCAAUCAAGUAAACAAAUUACGCAAUGGAACCAUGACAGUAAAUAGUUUUGGCAUGAUAAUGAAGAAAAUGGCUGGAUGCGAUGGUGUCAUUUCUAGAGCAGAUUUUGACAAAGCUGUGGGCGUGACGAUGCCGUGGCUGUUCCAACCAGGUGACGGAGAGGAAGGAGACGAGCAACAACAGCUGCUGCAAAAACAAAUAGAGGAAGAAGCUGAGCUAGAGAAAGACGGUGAUCCAGCUGAUGGGUACGACGGUCAGUCGGAAAACGACGAUGAUAGUGACGACGAAGAAGACAAAGAAGGUGUAAAAGCAGAGAGCGAAGAUGUUGUGCGCAGAGAAUAGAGUUUGGAUGUGACAGCUGAUUGUCUGCGGACUCGUCUACAACGGGACUAAAAAUAGCUCGUUAUAGAAGUGCUAGGUGUUGUUCUUGCUGUUGCUGCAUGCUGCUGAUUGUUUGUAUACGUCUGCAUGCUUGCAUGCA